CCGGAAAUCGCGGGCAGCGGGUCUGCGGCGCUAGCUGCGAGCUGCUGGAAGAUGGCGGAGGGCGGCGGCGCGGAGCCGGAGGAGCCCGAGAGGCGAUCUUCCCGGCCGCGGCCCCCGAGCGCGCGGGAGUUACAGUUGGCCUUGGCAGAAUUAUAUGAAGAUGAAGCAAAAGGCAAGUCUAAUAGACCUAAAGCCACAGUCUUCAGGAGCCCUCGAACACCACCUCAACGGUUUAGUUCAGAUGAACAUGAGUAUGGUGGAUUACAUAUAGUUCGACCUUCAACUGGGAAAAUUGUGAAUGAACUUUUCAAAGAAGCAAAGGAACAUGGGGCCAUUCCUCUAAAUGAAGCCACAAAAUUUUCAAGUGCUGACAAAACUAAGUCAUUUACAGGAGGAGGAUAUAAAUUGGGCAGUUCCUUUGGUAAGCGGUCUGAAUAUAUCUAUGGAGAAAAUCAGCUGCAAGAUGUUCAGAUUUUACUUAAACUGUGGAGCAAUGGUUUCAGUUUAGAUGAUGGAGAAUUGAGACCUUACAAUGACCCAACAAAUGCCCAGUUUUUGGAGUCUGUUAAGAGAGGGGAGAUUCCCCUGGAGCUUCAGCGACUGGUUCAUGGUGGCCAAGUGAGUUUGGAUAUGGAAGACCAUCAAGAUCAAGAAUAUAUGAAACCUAGAUUGAGGUUCAAGGCUUUUAGUGGAGAAGGGCAAAAACUUGGAAGCCUGACACCCGAAAUAGUCAGUACACCUUCCUCCCCAGAAGAAGAGGAUAAAUCAAUACUUAAUGCAGUUGUUCUUGUUGACAAUUCAGUGCCCACUACAAAAAUUCAGAUUCGCUUAGCAGAUGGAAGCCGUCUAAUUCAGAGGUUCAAUAGAACACACAGGAUCCUGGAUGUUCGAAACUUUAUUAUCCAGUCACGUCCUGAAUUUGCAACUCUUGACUUUAUUCUUGUGACUUCAUUUCCAAAUAAAGAGCUGAAGGAUGAAAGUCUUACACUACAGGAAGCAGAUAUUCUCAACACUGUGAUUCUCCAACAACUAAAAUAAUAUUAUUUUGAUCCAUGCAGUAGGACAUAGAAAUAAGAGAUGAACAAGUGUUUUGAAGACUGAGUGUACUGCUACAACUACCACAAGAUUGAAGAUUACCAGAGAUAACCACCUUCCAAGAAAAGGAAUUUGCUUUUUUGAGGCAGGUUCUCACUCUACCCAGGCUGAUCUGGAACUUACCCUGUAGCCAAGGCUGCCCUUGAAUUCAGUGAUUCUCCUAGUGCUUCUCAGUACUUCUUCCAAGGGUUAGAAUUAAAGGUAUGAGCUACCACACCCAGCAGGAAAGGGUUUUUUGGUUGUUGUUGUUUUGCUUUGUUUUUAAAACAAAUAUUUUAAAUAAAAGGGCAUUGCCUGUUUUAGAUUUAUAAAACAGGAGAAAAAUUAACCAAAUCUUAUGAAAUCAUUUGUCAGUUAAGUGGAGUGCCUAUAGAUACUUAUGCAGCAAUGACUGCCAUUUUGCAUCUAAAGUCUUCCAGAAUACCAAAAUUUGCAUUAGGAAAUAGAUACAACAUCACAUGUAUAUAACACUUUCACAUGCAUUAGACAGUGGACUUCAUUCAGUCAUUUUUUACUACCGGAGGUGCUAUAACUCUUAAAUGUAUGAUCAUCUCAACAAAAAAAUCUGAGCAGAUAUGAGAACAGUCAUUUUGCAUGAUGUAUGUAAUCAGAAAGUUUGAAGUGUCUGCUUUUUAAAUUGGGCUGGAGAAAUGGCUCAGCAGUUAAGGCAUUUGUCUGCAAAGCCUAAUGACCUGGGUUCAGUUCCCUAGUACCCAUGUAAAGCACCAAGUGGCACAUGCAUCUUGAGUUUGUU